AUGGCCGCCUUCAAGCCAAGCGACAUCCUCCUCCUCCUCACAACAAUCUUCUCCCUCCUCCAACUAUCCUCCGCCCAACGAACCCCAAACGAAAACCUCGUCCUAGCCGACUGCGGCAUCGGCCUCGGCGUUAACGGCGGCUCCACGUCCCGCGAAAUGAUCUACUACCCGGGCGACGUCUGGACAGGACAAGGCCUCCAAACCAACAGACCAACAAUGAUGGUCAACGUCCCCUGGACGGGUGCGUACCCCUGGGGGCAGCAGGGCGGCGUGUCGGCGCGCAUGCCCAACGGCGACGUGUUUACCGUGCACAUCAACCCGAACAUCAAGGACCCCAUGGCGGCGGGCGACGCGUGGCAUUUGUUUGAGAUGAAUGUCCCGCUCAAGUGUUAUUCGUAUCAUUAUAUGUGGGUAUAUAAGCUUGAUGAUGGGAAGUGGUGCGAGAGUGCGUAUGUGUGUAAUCAUCGGGGGACGCCCACGCCGCAUCUGAAGCCUGCCCCGGCUCCGGGGCCGGCGCCUGCGCCUGCGCCGAAUCCUAGUCCGCCUCCGAUUUGUAAUGUGUUGAAUAACUGA